AUGGCAUCAAGUAUUGCGACAGUUCGCAUUUCCAAAAAUGCAAUCGUAUCCCUCCGAGUAUUUAUCAACAGAAAGAAGUUACUACGAAACAAUUCUCGAGAAGGUCAGACAUUUCAGGCUCCUUUGCUAUCAAAUAAUUCUAUUAUAUGUUUGAAAUCACCGUUGGUUAGAAUCCUAAUAUCUAAUCAAGAUAUGGAAAGACUAACUAAUGAGAUUAGAGACACCAUCAUUUUAAUUGUUUAUGAUUUGAGUUCACCUGAAGUAAUGGAAACGGUGUUAGGUAAGUUGAGAAUAGGCUCAAGCGCUGAUUUCGAAACAGAGAUACUACCAAAAUUAAUGGAUGAGAAUACACUAUCCAAGGAUCUUGUAAAUGUUCCUCUUCAGACAGUAACAAGAGUGGCUAAAUUUAAGUAUAAAUUGAGGUUUAAAGGAAAUUGGGAAUUGGAUAUUUUUAUUAAUAAUAUGAAGAAGCUCAUAAAGAUAAGACAUUUUCUACUAUUUACAGAUGGACACAUGUCAGCAGCCCGUACUUUGGAAUUGCCACCUAAUAGACGCAUUCUGUUAACUGAACAAAAGACAUCCUUGGAGUCUGAAGGAUCUCCGAUGAUCCCACUUGAAGUGGAUGGGGAUGAGAUGAUAGAAACAACCCAAGACGCAGUUGAAGAUGUGAAACCUGAUAUUAAGCUUAAAUACAACCCUAUAAUCAAUUUGGGAGAGUGUCUUUCAAUCCAUAUUCUUCAAAGACCGAGAAGGCAUAAAGUCUGA